AUCCUAGAGCCCGCCAACCGACAUCAGGCGGCGUCCAUGUGAAGCUGAGCUGUGACAUGUCUAAGCGGGGACGUGACGAGAUCUCCCCACCACACCACUUUGCUCCGUCUCACACUGAGCUUGCAUCACGAAACAAGAUGCCGUCACCGUGACACCCAAGGGGCAUUCAACCCAAAAAAAAAAAAAAAAAAAAAAAUACAAGGCUGUGCUAUGUGGCAAAGACACCGUCUAGCUAGUGACACCGAGCAUCGCACAUCGCCUAUCCCGACAGAAGCCCAGCAUCUACGUAGUAAUGGAAUCGGGACUUCAUGGCGACAUAUCCAACAACCAACACGGCAAAUGUUGGUGGCGGCACCCUCCCGGACCUGCCCACCAAUGACGUCUUCGCUCUCGAGAGGCCUCACGGCUCGCACACGCAUAAGCGCCCAAAGACGCCCGCCCUCUCCUCAGUGGUCACUCUCGUCACUCUCCAGCAGCAAGCGUCACUUUCGAGCAUGGGAUAUUGCGUUGCAUCGCAUCGCAUCAACCAACACGACUCUCCAGUUUGAACGAUUACCGCUCAACCACCCCACCCGCACGCGACCGCCGACCGUCUCUUUUAUCUUGGACGGCGCCUAUUCCCUCAGGUGCCUCGCUGAUCGCGCUUGUUCGCUGUUCUAGACCUAUCUCAGAAGAGGAACUGCAUCUGCAUAUAACCUGCCGACCCCUCCAUCCUUCCGUCAUUCUCAAGCUUGGCGCCGGGAUCCUCUUUCUUACAAG